CAGACCGCUCCCUACCCCGUCCUCUUCUCGCAUUUUCACAACCACCUCGGCAAAAAUGCAGCUUCUCCAACUGCCCACGGAGAUCUUACGGGUUAUCAUCAGCCAAAUCGACUCCCGAGCUUCACUCGCUCGCCUGGCGCGGGUAUGCCGAUUUCUCGAGGCGCUAGUCGACCCAUUUCUCUACCAGUCCGUCUACCUGCGCAAUCACGACGGUGAAAUAUUCAUUCGCGCAGUCGAGCUCCGCCCAGCCCGAGCGCAGUACAUCCGCGAGCUGCUGAUCCACUACCACUAUGUCAACGUCCCCAACCAGCAGGAGUACUACCCGCUGUUAGUGGAGAGUCUGGUGCCGACGAUCUGCCGGCUGGUCAACCUCCGGCGGCUGACAGUCAAAGGGCUUCUCUACGAUGCGCCGCAGGACUACGACGAUCCGGACCUGGGCAAUGUAGAGAGAUUCGACGCUUACGCAGCGGAGUGGUUCCGGCUGUUCGAGCAUGCUGGUGGCGCGGAUGUCCUGCCUUCCUUGGAGUCAUGCCAAAUGAUCAUGGACGAUGUGCCCUACGACCCAGAGAUCCGCACGGAACUGUGGAGCUUCGAUACCCGGAGCGCCGUCAUGGUUCACCCUCAUCUACGGAACCUGACCCUGGUCGGAGCGCUCGUCGGGGGCCUGGAUCCCGCCCUGCAGUACGAGCCGCGCUCCACACGGCUGGAGAGUCUAACCCUGCUCUGCUGCGACGUAUCCUCGGACGGUUUGCGCGAGCUGCUGCGUGUCCCCGAGGCCUUGAAGCACCUUACCUGGAAAGGUGUCCCGGCGACAGCUCCCCCGGAGUUCUGGCCGGGAGACCGACAGAGCUAUGUCGACGCUAUCCGCACACAUGCAGCCUCGCUGCUCAGUCUGGAUUUGGACUUUUAUGCGAUUGGUGGACAUCAUCCGCCGUUGGAUUUUCGGCAUUUCCGCGGUCUGCGGCAGCUGACGAUUGACCCGGGGGUGCUAAGAGGAAGAGGUGAUAGUACGGAUGCGCAUGGGAAUGCGCGACACUCUACGGAGUGCCUGCUUCCUGGCAGUCUACAGAGGUUGGUUCUUCGGGAGUAUAGAGAGUACAGCGUGCCAGACCAAGAAACCCUGCCGCUCGUCUAUCGCUGGGUGUCAUCGGGGGCGCUGCCCAGUCUGCGGAGCGUCACGGUUCAAUCGGCCAAGUUUUCUCGAAGCGAGAUCUUGCAUCGUGCCCUGAAUGCGAAGAUGUGUUUCGAUGACGCUUUUCAGUCGGUGGGCGUGCAGCUAGAGUAUGAGAAGGUCCGGUCCAGCCUGGCAGAAGAACAGUUUGGGUUUGACUGCCAUUGUUGCACGUACGCCUUGCGAUGGAAUAAUGGGCUGGAUUAUUGAGGUGGUGUUGCACCAGAGGGAC